UGAACUGCUCUUUGCCCUGUACGCACAAGGCAGCGCACUGCGUCAGCCAAUGGGAAAGAGCCUCAUUUGCUGUACGUAUUACGUAGGCUACUAUUAGCCUGCUAGCUGGUCUGCUAACAAGAAACAAGAUGGAUUCUCCCAUACUGGAACCAUCCUUGUACACUGUCAAAGCAGUUCUGAUUCUGGACAACGAUGGAGACAGGCUUUAUGCCAAAUAUUAUGAUGACACAUACCCGACAGUGAAAGAGCAGAAGGCGUUUGAGAAGAACAUAUUCAACAAAACACACAGGACGGACAGUGAGAUAGCAUUACUUGAGGGCCUCACUGUUGUUUACAAGAGCAACAUAGACCUCUUCUUUUAUGUGAUUGGAAGUUCGCAUGAAAAUGAGCUUAUGCUGAUGGCUGUUCUAAACUGCCUUUUUGACUCGCUCAGUCAGAUGUUGAGAAAAAAUGUUGAGAGGAGGGCUUUGCUGGAAAAUAUGGAGGGGCUCUUCUUGGCUGUGGAUGAGAUUGUGGAUGGAGGGGUGAUCCUAGAGAGUGACCCACAACAAGUUGUGCAUCGUGUGGCUCUCAGAGGGGAUGAUGUGCCUUUGACAGAGCAGACAGUCACCCAGGUUCUUCAGUCUGCCAAAGAACAGAUCAAGUGGUCGCUUCUACGAUAAGAGUCACUCCUGCACAGGUCUACCAGUGAGCCACUGUUCAGCCCAGUCUUCAUGGCACUGAUCCACAUAUUCCUUUUCCUCCAAUUUUCACUUCCUCAAGUCAAAGCUGUGAGGAGUACCACUGGCUGAUCCAGUCACACUCCCAGGACUACUGCUCCACGAAGUGUCAUUUUCCAAUUUUUCUUGCUUUCUUUCUUUUUGUGGGGGCCUGUAUUAUAUGACAUAAUCCACGAGGAUAAGAUAUGGUAUACAUUCCAGUAUCAAGGCUGGCUUGUUUUUGUUAUAUUUGUCUUAUAAUUACAGAACCUGGGUGUUUAUUAACCCAGUGUUAUUGGUCUUUAAAACAUUGAUAAACCUCAUUAUAGCCUGUGACAACAUUCCAUCAUUGUGUUUCCUAGAAUAAGAAUUUUGACAGCCAUCCUGUCACCUCCUCCAGAUUACUGUACUAGGUAUUGAGGCACUAUCUCUAUUGCCUGAUGUCCAUGAUUAUCGUGAUUAAAAAGUGUACAACUAGUACUGUGGUCAUACCACUGAUCACGGGUAUGUUUUGCAUUUAUUUUGACCGGGGAUCUUCCAUCAUCAGAUACUAUCAAUAAACGUUUGUUGAUACUG